AUGCAGCUCCCGAUUGCGAGAAUCAACAGCACGAACCAUUGGCGUAUAUUAGAAGAAGUCAGGUUAUCUAAAGAUAAGGAAAAGGCCAUUGAAGACAUAAAAAAUGUUGUGCUCUUGAUGCCGCACAAGUCUUCCAUUAUGGCCAGCUUUAUAUCUGACCUGGCAAAAGACGAUGCAGACUUCAAGAACGGCAUAGCGAAGAUGAUUGAUGAGAUAUCGACAAGCAAUGAUAGCUCGAUGCUAAUAUCAGCAUCCUUCACCUUGAAAAGACUGGGUGUUAAGGGAAUGGAGAGUUUUUUCUGGACUAAAGAAACACCUACAAUUAGCUCUCUUUUUGAGUGUGUGAGCCUCGAAAUUUCUCAAGACUCUUUGAACGGGUGCAGAGAAGAAGCAGAAAGAAUUCUUGGGAUUGCCGGUGAAGAAGGCUUUGAAGAGGUAUUCUGUGUGGUACAGGCCAUGAGAAGCUUCCGGUUCUCUGUACAAGAGUGUGUAUCUCAGCUAGGGUGCAUCUCUAGACAGAAGUCGCUGGUGGAUGGAAUUCGGAUGCUCCAGAAAAAGGAAAAUAGCCUAUAUCUAUGUGCAUUGGCUCUAGAGUUCGCAAAGAAGCAAGGGUUUUUGAAGAUCCUUUUGGAGGAGCUUCCAGCCUUCGAGCAGGAGUUUAAGGGCAUUCUCAUACCAUUGCUUUUUGAGCAGUACCACAAUCCAAGCGAGGAAAGCAGCAGUGUUUACAUCAGCAGCUCCUACAUGCCUCUUAGGACUCUGGAAGAUAUAAACCCAUUCAAACAACUGAUCACAGAGGACAUAGCAAAAAACAUGAAGAGGAUCUCCGGCACCAGCAAGGUGGAGAAGUUUCUCAAUGAAGGAAAAAGCGAAGACACCAAGAAAGUUCCGAGAAUGAGCAGAGAAGAAUUUGAAAAAACAGACUUUGAAGACAGAAAAGCAUUUUUUAAGAGCUUCUGCCUUCUUGGAUCCCCAAGCAUAUCCCACUUCCUUACGUACCUGGAGAUUUACAAGGAGAACUUUGUACUCGGCGAGGAUGACCAAAAGCUAUUUCUUUCUAUUUUCUUUGAGACAUUUGGGGAUUACGAGUCUUUCUGCAGAAUAGUUAUUGAAAAGAUGGUCCGGUUUAGAAUUAUAGAUUCUGAGCUGCUGGCUGGCUUUAUAAGCAACUCAGCUUUGUAA